UGGAGAUCAGGAGAGAAGCGGCUCUGAAAGAGAGGGGUUUGAGACCAUUAUUCAGUGUGGGAGGGAUUCAGCAGUUGUGAGGGACACAGGGAGCUCAUUCCACCACAUCCAGACCAGAACUAAGAGCUCAUUUCAAACUUUGCGAGCAGAACAACAAGGUGGCCAGAAGUGGAGGAGCUUCAGGGUUAGUGUUUCUGACACAGAUGCUACUGGCAGCGGAACCACUUCUGACAUAGUUCUGUACCACGGUCGCAUUGUGCGCUGCAGAGUUCCGGGCUGCGUUUGACAUCUUCGUCCAGGACGCAGCAGACGGCUGCAUCAGCACCAAGGAGCUGGGCAAGGUGAUGAGGAUGCUGGGACAGAACCCGACGCCCGAGGAGCUGCAGGAGAUGAUUGACGAGGUGGAUGAAGAUGGAAGCGGCACAGUGGACUUUGACGAGUUCCUGGUCAUGAUGGUGAGGUGCAUGAAGGACGACAGCAAAGGGAAGUCCGAGGAGGAGCUGGCCGAACUCUUCAGGAUGUUCGACAAGAACGCGGACGGUUACAUCGACCUGGAGGAGCUGAAGAUCAUGCUUGAAGCGACCGGCGAGGCCAUCACCGAAGAUGACAUCGAAGAGCUCAUGAAGGACGGGGACAGGAAUAAUGACGGGAAGAUCGAUUAUGACGGUGAGGAUGAGCCUUUUCGCAUGUUUUCUUUUCCAGAUCAUGUGUUUCAGCAGACUGUAACCCAGGUACAUUUGGACCGCAUCCUUCUUCUCUCCAGAGUUCUUGGAGUUCAUGAAAGGGGUGGAGUGAAGAGUAGAGCUGAAGGACCGAAUGUGACUUUUUCAGACUUUUAUAAAAACCCUUUCGCUGCACUGUAUCCGACCCCCGCCAGACUUCCCUCGCCCCAUGAGUUCUCCGCUCCCCUCUGUCUAGUCACAGGUGUGUGACUCCACUGUACAUGUAGUCCACGAUGAGAGGGAGAGCGAGAACACCCUAAUAAAGCGUCCAUAUGCACCCGCUCCCCGUGUCGUCCUGUGGCUGUUGCGCGGAUCGUGGAGCCUCCGAGGGAGACGCGACGUGUAGCAUCCAGACAAAAUAUAAAUAAAUAUGAAACCCACGAAGAGUCCAUGCGGUCGGCAGGAUGGAGAGCAGCUGGCACUGUGUGUGUCCUGCCAGGAUGACACCAUCCCCCAAGUGUGUGUGUGGUGGCUUUGAUCUCACCGUAUCUCAACACACUCAAGUGUUUGAGGUCGUUCGUACCGGUGUACAAGGCCAUGUUGUCUGAGCCCAUCAGCCAGUGCUGUGUUCCUCCUACCAAACCCU